GUAAUUUGGAGCCAUUAAAGGCUUCAUGGUUCAGACUGGAGAGUGGAGAUCCUUCGGGAGAUGGCACCGGUGGGCAAUCUAUCUGGGGAAGGGAAUUUGAAGAUGAGUUUCACAAAAGCUCAACUACUGACAUGCUCUACUUCUUACUGGUUACCAUGUAUCUGCAGCUUACGACAUGACAGACCUUUCACGGUUUCAAUGGCAAAUGCGGGGCCAAGUACAAAUGGCUCUCAGUUCUUUAUCACUACUGUAGCUACUCCAUGGCUGGACAAUAAGCAUACUGUUUUUGGUAGAGUUAUAAAAUCAAAGGGCAUGGAUGUUGUACAAGUAUUAUUUGUGUACUUGCACAGUUGCACUCGCGUAGCUUCUCAUAGAGAUAGACUUGCCCGACGGUUAUGUAAUGUAUGUUUCACGGAUUGGCACUAUUGGGCCAUCUAUGUGAUGCGCCUAAAUCAACCUAACAAGUCUAGAGGUGAAACAAAUAAGCAACGGGUCAAUCUUAAUCCGAACCGUAUUAAAGAGGGUUUAAUCUAGAUCGUUUAGUAGGCGGUUUGGGUUGAACCCGAUCCGCAUGCAAUAUUCGAACGGACCGGAUUGAUAUAUGGUAACCCGGCGGCCCAACAGGUUGCUAUUUUGUUUUUUUAGAUGGCGGGUUGAAAAUUUCAACCGGUUGGCCGUUGGUUUGCAAAUUUUUGUCUCUGCUGAAUCGGAUUUCUCAACUAAUUAAGUA